AUGGGGGCCAAUUGCUAAUCUUGCUGUGCAAACAAGGAGAAUGACAAUACAGAAAUCAAAUUGACGUAGGACAAAGCAAAGCCCAAAUCCAAUAAAUAAGAUAAUGACCAAAAAAAAGAGGAAGUGAAGGUUUAAAUAAAAGAACAUGAAAGAUUUACGAUUGAUUAAGAAUAAUAAAAAUAAAAGAAAGAUACGAAAAAAGAACAAAAAAAAGAAUCAGCAAAAGAAGUUACACCCAAGAAUGCUGAUGAAAAUUCGAAAAAAUCAUAAGAAUAAGAUAAAUAAUUAAAUAUUUCUGCAAACCAUUCAGUUAGUAUGAAUGUAGCAAGCAACCAAGAGGGAAACGAUCUCAUUAAAAGUACUAUGAAUUCCACUGAGAGAAAGAAGUUACCUCCAAUACAACUAGAGUCAGGGGCAGUCUAUGAAGGAGAGUGGAAAAAUGGUAUGAGAGAUGGAUAUGGAAAAUAAAAAUGGCCAGAUGGUUCAGUUUACGAGGGAGAAUGGGUUGAGGACAAGUCAUCCGGAAGAGGUAAAUUGACACAUGCAGACGGAGAUGUUUAUGAUGGGGAAUGGAAAAAUGAUAAGGCAAAUGGCAAAGGAACAUAUAUUCAUGUGAAUGGUGCCAAAUACGAAGGAGAGUGGGAAAAUGACAAACAACAUGGUCGAGGAGUAGAAAAUUGGCCAGAUGGAGCUAAAUAUGAGGGUCAAUAUUUCGAAGGGAAGAAACAUGGAAAUGGUAUCUUGAAUUUUGCUGAUGGUUCACGUUAUGAUGGUGAGUUCCUACAAAAUGACAUCCAUGGAGAGGGAACCUACAUAUGGCCAGAUAAAAGAGUCUAUAAAGGGUAGUGGAAGAAGAACAAAAUGCAUGGCAAAGGAUAGAUUAUCUGGUAGGAUGGUCGUAAAUAUACUGGUGAAUAUGAAGAGGACAAGAAACACGGCAAGGGUGUCUUUGAAUGGGCUGAUGGCAGAAAAUACAUAGGAACUUGGAUAUAGGGUAAGAGAAGAUAACAUGGAAUUGGAAUCUAUUAUUUAUAAAAUAAGGAAGUCAAAGUUGGAGAAUGGAAUGAAGGAAAAAGAAUCAAAUGGUUUGAAAAGAAUGAAAUUGACUAGUUAAUUCAAGAAUAAAAAAUUAAGAGAGAGGAUUUGCAUUAAUAGGAUUGA